GUGUGUGUGUGUGUGUGUGUGUGUGUGUGUGUGUGUGUGUGUGUGUGUGUGUGUGUGUGUGUGUGUGUUUCUCUUCACUCCUCUUUUACGGCUCCAGGUGAGUUUAACUGAAGCGCGCUAACUUGCUAACGGUUGAGCGGCUACAUCCCAAAUGACUCCAUGUUCCCUAGAAGGACUGCUUAAGAAACCAUGACUCCAUGCUCACCAGUGGGUUCUCUUGGCGAGGUCGAGAGCACGCGGAUAAACGAGGAACCCUGCGAAAGCAACACGCACAACGAACUGAAAAUCAUCUACAUCAAAGAGGAAGAACCUGAGGAAGAUGAGUAUCUCUACUGUGAGGACUGCAGAUGCUUUUUCUACAACAAGUGUGAAGUUCAUGGUCCAGCUCUCUUCAUACAUGAUACCCCAGUUCCCCUGGGAGUCACUGACCGAGCCAGGCAGACUCUUCCUCGUGGUCUCGAGGUCAGACAGUCCCAUAUUCCUGGAGCAGGUCUGGGAGUGUUUAAUGGAGGAGACACUGUUCCAGUAGGUGCUCACUUUGGGCCGUAUCAGGGAGAACUGGUAGAUAAAGAGGAAGCCAUGAGCAGUGGAUACUCCUGGGUGAUCUCCAGGAAUGGACAGUGUGAGCAAUACAUCAAUGCCAGAAGAGAGACGUAUGCUAACUGGAUGAGGUAUGUGAACUGCUCACGUAAUGAUGAAGAACAGAACCUGGUUGGGUUCCAGUAUCGAGGUGGGAUCAUGUACCGCUGCUGUCGCCCCAUAAGACCAGGACAGGAGCUGUUGGUGUGGUACGAUGAGGAGUACGCUCAGGAUCUCGGAAUCACCUUCGACUUUCUUUGGAGCAGAAAGUGCUCUGCAAAUGAAUUGAUGGAAGUUCUGCAGCUCUUCUCCUGCUCCAUAUGUCACCUUACCUUCACUGCUCAGUCCUACCUCCACCGACACAUUAGGAGGUGCCACCCCGAAGAAUAUGUGAGGAUGUUGCAAGAAAAAGCGAUCAAAUCCGAGAACCUGGAGAGCAUGAGCAGCUCCAGCGGCGAUCAUGGAUCUUCAUGGUACAGUAACACGUCUCAGGAAGAAAUGCACGAGUGCCCGGAUUGCGGGAUGAGUUUUAGUUUAGUGAGCCACCUGGAGAUACACCAGCGCGUCCACACGGGGGAGAAACCGUAUCCGUGCUCACAGUGUGGGAAGAGUUUUACUCAGCAGAGCAAUCUCCGAACCCACGUACGCAUCCAUACGGGAGAGAAACCCUACCAGUGCUCACACUGCAGCAAGAGCUUUACGCAUCGCAGUAGCCUCCAUCUGCACCAGCGCAUCCACACGGGAGAGCGGCCGUACCGCUGCUUAUACUGCGACAAGAGCUUUGUACAGCAGAGCGCCUUCCAGCAGCACCAGCGCAUUCACACCGGAGAGAAACCAUACCAGUGUUCGCUGUGUGGGAAGAGCUUCACUCAGAUGAGCUCGCUCCAGCUGCACCAGAGCACCCACACGGGAGAACGUCCAUAUCAGUGCUCACACUGCGGGAAGAGCUUCGCCCGCCAGAGUCACCUUCACACACACCAAACCACUCACACCGAGGAGAAGCCGUACCGCUGCUCACAGUGCAACAAGAGCUUCACGCUCCGGAGUCAGCUCCAAGCCCACGCCCGCAUUCACACCAGAGACAAGCCGUACCCCUGCUCACACUGUGGGAAGAACUUUCCGUUCCUCAGCCAUCUCCAGAUCCACGAGCGCAGUCACACGGGAGAGAAACCUUUCCACUGCUCGGCCUGCGGGAAAAGUUUCAUCGACCGUGGAACUCUCAAAACGCACCAGCGCAUCCACACGGGAGAGAGACCAUACCGCUGCUCGGCCUGUGGGAAAACCUUCACUCAGAGGAGUUCGCUCCAGAGACACCAGCGACUUCACACCGGGGACACGCCGCACCAGUGUCUGCCCUGUGGGCGGGGCUUCCACGAUUUAAAUACGUUUCAAACACACGUGUGCACAAAUCAACAAGCUUGACUUGUUUUCAUGUUUUAGCUUUUAUAUAGAAAGCAUAAAAAAGAUGGUUUGUAUAUAAUAUUUUAUUCCAGUGUAUUAUUUCAUUUGUAAAUAAAUUAUAGUUUAUAUAUUUCAGGAGAAUUUAUAAUUCAUGAAUAAACUAAUUUAUCGGA